AUGGGUGCAGCUCGGAGAGCAGAUGUGCUUGUGCGAUCGUUGAAAUCAGCAGGGUUCAUUCCUGGUGGGAAAAUCAUCUCUUUUAGAGAAUGUAUGUGCCAGGUAUUUUUUUUACAGUUCUUGGGAUGCACCGAAAGUCUCCUUGACAUUGUGAUGGCUUACGACCGCUUCAUUACCAUCUGCAAGCCCCUCCAUUACAGCCACAUCAUGCAUUGGAGGGUCUGCCUCACCCUCUGUUUGGGCAUAAUGGUUGCAGGUUGCCUGAACUCAAGCUUGCAGACGACGGUCACCUUACGACUGCCCUACGGAUGGAGCAACCGUAUUGACUAUGUCUUCUGUGACAAUCCUGCCCUGCUGAAGCUGGCUUGCGCGGACAAAACUCUCAACGAGAUGGUGAUCUUGGUGGACGUUGGCCUGGUGGCCAUGGCCUGUUUCUUCCUCAUCCUGACAUCCUACGUGUACAUUGUCUCCGCCAUUUUGAGGAUCAACAGCAGCGAAGGGCGUCGCCGGGCCUUCUCCACUUGCACAGCCCACAUCACUUUGGUGAUUGUAUUUUAUGUGCCAGUCGUUUUCCAUUACAUAAGGCCGGGGUCACAGGACUACAUGGAUAGUGUGGUGAGCAUGUUCUACACCACCAUCACCCCAUUUCUGAACCCUGCCAUAUACACCCUCAGGAAUAAAGAAAUGAAGGCCAUUCUCUUACAACUGUGGAGUGGGAAUCCUAAGUAA